UUUUAAGUACUUCAUUUGAAACACUUCAUUUUCGAAAUUUCUUAAUUUACAUUGGUGUGUUAAAAGUGUUUUAGCUACAAUUUGAACUAACAUUAUUGAAUUCGUGUCAAGCUAGCUGCAGUCCUUUAACCGCAAGCCCUGAAGUAGUCAAGCCGCUCUGUGUGUGUUGUUGACAGGCGUUUCCUCUUUCACAGUAACCGCAUGUAGUGUGCUACUAGUCGGCACCAGACUACAAACUUGGCACAACCCCUUUUCAAGGCAUCGGGGAGGUUUUAAGCUGACACCAUAAUAACUACUUCUCACAUACCAGAACGGAAACUGCCAGCCAAGGGUGUGUCUGGAGCUGCUCACUUCUACGGCGAGCGAGAUGGGUCAAACUCGCUCGACUCCCUCGCACAGCACCAGCACCACCCCCGGCAGAGCGCUAUGGAAAGCCAGUGAGGCGAGCCUGCCGCUCCGCAAUCGUAGCUUAAGGAGCGGGAGAAAGCGUCGUACUUUCCGGCUACACGGGAACCCGAUGAAAAACCAAGCCUUGUCGUGUUUGGGAAGGAGAAAGCGAGACUCCAGCCCGACGAGAGCGGAGCCUAGCUGGGAAAGCGGAGCCGGAGAUCCAGCCGCUCGUCUCGAACGCAGGGAGGGAAAGUUACCCCGAGACGAGGCCGUGUCGGCGGCAGAGGAGCAGCGAGUCGCUGCCGGUGGCUUUUUGGUGGCACCGCAGAGCCAAGAUGUGAGCAGUCAAACGUGUGCCGAAAGCGGGGAUAGGACUGGUGCCCCGUCGGAUGAACCAGGUGUUGAAAGGCGGAGCGGUGAAGUUAGCGCUGCAGGCUUUCAGGAGACGAUAGCCGUGCAGGAGGACAAUGCAUCGGACCUCCCGAGCAGGAUCAUGGAAGAGCAGCCGCUGGGGGGAAUCAGCCAGAAUUGUGUGGCGUCACCAUUUGGAGAAAUGAGCGGGACCGAGGUGGACACUUCUCGGACUUUAACAAACUUACAGUCAGGUGUGGACAGUGGGUUGUUGAAAGUGGACGAUUUGAUUAAAAGUGAUUUGGUCGCUGCCCCUUGUCCACAUUCAUCAACCGAAGACACAAACACUGUGGCUGAUAUUGAAAUGCAAACGGACACUGAUGAGCCUCCCCAGAUUCAAACGUUCCCAGGGACCAUACCUAAACUCAUCAUCACACGAGACCCCAGCCCCAGUCGACCCCAGGAGUCACCAACCAAGCUCACCAUACGUAGCGGGUCGUGCUUUGAACUUCACCCGGACGACGAGUCCCCCUGCUCCGACAGUGGCUGCGGAGGGUCCCCGGCACUGAUGCGUUCCCCGAGGAAGCUGUCCAACUCCUCUUCCCUUGGUCUGUCCUCAGCCUCGUCCUUUGAGGAGUCUGAGGACGACUUCACCGGCAGCGACAUCGAGUCUAGCCUGUCCCCGACCAGGUCCUUGUGCAGUCCGGACGAUGGCUCGGUGAAUAAGUCGUGGCAGAAGUUGAAGACCAUGGUGCACUGGUCCCCCUUCGUCGUGUCUUUCAAGAAGCGCUACCCUUGGGUGCAGCUUGCCGGCCACGCAGGUAACUUCCAGGCUGGGGAGUAUGGUCGCCUGUUAAAGCGAUACUGCGAGUGCGAGCAGCAGUGCCUACAGAAGCUGAUGAAGGACACGCUUCGGCCCUACGUGCCUGGUUAUUAUGGGGUCGUGCAGAGAGACGAGCAGGACUAUAACCUAAUGGAUGAUCUGCUGGCUGAUUUCGACUCCCCCUCCAUCAUGGACUGUAAGAUGGGCAGCAGGACCUAUUUGGAGGAAGAGCUGAUGAAAGCGAGAGAACGUCCACGCUUGCGAAAGGACAUGUACGAGAAGAUGGUUGCCGUGGACCCUGGGGCCCCUACAGUGCAGGAGAGGGCCCAACAGGGCGUCCUCAAGCCCAGAUACAUGCAGUGGAGGGAGACGCUCAGCUCCACGGCCACCCUGGGCUUCCGCAUUGAGGGCAUCAAGAAAGCCGAUGGAACCUGCAACACCAACUUUAAGACGACCAAACUCAAAGAGCAAGUCAUGCAGGCCUUGGAGGACUUUGUUGACGGAAACACUCAGACGCUGAAGCUCUACCUGCAGCGGCUGGAGGAGCUUCGAUCCGUGCUGGAGCAGUCGCAUUUCUUCAAGACACACGAGGUGGUGGGAAGCUCUCUGCUGUUUGUGCACGACGCCUCAGGGAAGGCGCGAGUGUGGAUGAUCGACUUUGGGAAGACCGUGCCCUUGCCCGCCCCCAAGACUCUGGACCACAGGACCCCCUGGGUGGAGGGCAACCAGGAAGAUGGCUACCUGUGGGGACUGGACAACCUCAUAGACAUCUUCAUCUCCAUGCUUCCGCAGUCUCUGACAUCUUGAGUUGGAUUUUUUUUUAUGGAAGAGGGGAUAUGAGAGUUUCACCACUGGAAGAUGAUAGUGGAGAGUGUGGACUUCCACUUUAUGCAACACAUCUUUCCAGUGGUACCUUUUGGAGGACUUUACUGCAAAGUGGGAUUUGUCAAAGGUCCAGCAUUGUUCGUCUGCUUAGAAACACUUGCAACAUGAGACUACUCAUCUCCCUCUUGUGGUUGGAGGUUGGACUCUGCGUAAACCGCAGCGACAAGACUUUUAAAAAUCCUUUCUCGCUGCCUUGGAGGUUAUUGCAUUUAAAUACAUUGCAACACUAAAACCCUGGUCAAAACUUUGUGUUCAGCAACUAGUGUAAAUACAAAUUUAUUUAAUUUUUCUGGCCUUUAUAUAACCUGCUUACCUUCUUUGUACAAUGCCUGUGUUGUUGUUUUUUUCUCCCACUGACCUCUACCAGAACCAUUUUUAUAUAACAAUAAUGAAAGUCAAAGUAUGUGAUUUUUUGUGUUUUUGUUUUUGUUUUUCAUGAAUCUACAUACAAGCAGCAGUCGGGCGGCCAUGUCUGUUUGUUGCACUAUUCAUCCUCAGAGAGCCAUCAAAACAAAACAAGCCGUGCCUCUGUUGUGUGUUUAAACUGGCAAGCAGCACUCGGGUUUACACACUCUUAAGAAUAUGUGCGCUGUUGUGUAACAGUCCCAGUGACGUUGGAGCCAUAAACGGAAGACUUAAAACUGGAAUGAACUCAUUAAAGCGAUGGGUUUUCUCAAAUGCUGAUGAUUGACGACGAAAACAGCGGCAAUAGCAUAUGGAUAUCCUGGAAAUGAAUGGCCAGUGCUUGCUGCCUCUUUGAUUGGGGCGCAGUGGAGCACUUUAUAUAAUCAUGUAAAGUAAUGGCCUCCUGUUGUCCUUUGACUAUGCAUAGACUGUUCAAACUGAACUGAACUGAACAGGAAAUCAUCAGGGGUCAUCCUCACCUCUGAAAAGUGAACAAACUGGCACAGAGAGGCAUGGAUUUGUGUUUACAAAGUAUUAUGCGACUUCUACUUCCAUGCGUGGAGAACAGUUAAGAGGGCUUCUUUUUUUUGUUUUUUUUUCUAACUGGGAGUUUUGUAAUGUGAGGAAACUGGAUUCAGUAACAUUUUGUAUUCUGUAAGCGCAUUUUUUAUGUCAGAAAAUGACAGCAACAACAACAGGUCACAUUUUGAUAUGGAAUCCCUGCUUUGUCAUGAAGGUAACGGAUUGCAAUAAACUGGAAAUAAGAUGGAUAAGAGUCAGGGUUUAUUUUCUUGAGUUGGAAAAUGUGACACGUGUAUGUAGUCU